GCGACGACACAAUGACGCCCAUCGUCCACAACCCAUCAUCUAUCAAUCUUUGUUUCAUUGGCAACGGCUCUCUGUGGGUGUUGUUAUCAUCUCAGUGGUACGGUACCGGUGGUAGCAACAAUAGAGGAAGCUUACUGUAGUAGUUUGACGGAAGCAGAGGAGAAGAGACAAGUCCAAUAGAGCCACAGAUGGUUCAGUAGAGUUACUGGUCUGAAUAUCCAUAAUAUCUUUUUUUCUCCUGGAUACCCGUGAUCCAUCCAUCAAUCAACAUGGCGAGCCGAUUACUGCUGUCAAGGACGCCUUGGCAUGGCAGUACUAAGAUACAUGCCGCCAUUCGACCAUCAGCCAGUCUCUUAUUCAACAAUGCGAGCCCUUGUAGUGGUGCUUUGGGUAGUUCCUUGGGGACAGAUACCAGUAUGAUUGCUGCCAACAAUCGGUGUUACUAUUCUACAGCGACCAAAACCACAUCUUUGGGUGUCAAUAGUACAAUGCAGAGUUCUGAUUGGAACUCUUUAGGCAGGAAAGACUCCAGCAUGAUUGCGGCCAAUAAUCGAAGAAAUCUAAGCGGCAUGAAGGAUGAAUAUGGCGAAAUGACGUCGGAUGGAGACACCUAUGUGCAUCCAACCCCCUUGACGCUGGAAAAUGGUCAAGUGCUUCCAGAGGCACAGUUACGGUACCAAACCUAUGGAGAAUUGAAUGAAGCACGUGACAACGUAGUGGUGAUCUGUCAUGCAUUGACGGGAAACGCCAGCUUGGAAGCAUGGUGGGGCGACCUUUUGGGACCUGGCAAGGCAUUUGAUACCGAUCGUUAUCUGGUAGUAUGCAGCAAUAUCUUGGGCAGUUGCUAUGGAAGCACCUGUCCAACAUCCAUCAAUCCGUCCACGGGAAAGCCCUAUUUACAAGACUUUCCCGACGUGAGUGUCCAAGAUACCGUCCGUCUGCAGCUCUACAUGCUGGUCAAUGCCCUAAAGGUCCAAUCCAUCAAGUCUGUUAUUGGAGGCAGUUUUGGAGGCAUGCAGGCCAUGGAAUUUGCCGUGCAAGGAGGAAGCAGUCCGUCGAGUCCCAUUGCCAGUGACUGUUUCUUUGCUGCAAACGAGAAACCCCUUGUCCGAACGGUCAUACCUAUUGCCUGUGGAGCGGCUCAUACAGCUUGGCAGAUUGCCAUUUCCGAAACGCAGCGUCAAGCCAUUUAUGCCGAUCCCAACUGGGAAUCCAACCCCCUCCAAGCUAACGGGGGCUUGUCGGUAGCCCGUCAAAUUGGAAUGGUCAGCUACCGUACGGCAAAAGGUUACAGCCAAAAGUUUGGACGCAACAUGCAAGAUGGACAAUCCACGGCUCAGUAUGGGAGCUCGGCAGGUUGGAAAGUCAAGAGUUAUUUGGAAUACCAGGGCGAAAAGUUUCUCUCGCGGUUUGAUCCCAUUACCUAUGUCAAAAUGACGGAACAAAUGGAUUCUCAUGACGUGGCCCGUGGCCGUGGUGAUUCGUUAAAGGAUGUGUUGGAUCAUGUCGAAAUUCCUGCCUUGGUUCUGGGAAUUGAUAGUGAUGUCCUGUAUCCUCUACAGGAACAACAGGAGCUAGUCGAUUACUUGCCCAAUUCGGAACUGAAAAUCGUUCAUUCGGACGAUGGUCAUGAUGGAUUCUUGUUGGAACAGGAACAGGUGGCAAAUCACAUUUCGAAUUUCUUGAAGCAACACGACUAAUAACGAUCUAAUGGCAUUUUGUAGGAUAUGUGUUGCCCUG